UUUUUGCAUAGUCUUCUGAAACAAAAUCUACAUACAAAGAAGAAAAGCAGGCAGCAACAAUGGCAAAGUCUACUAUCAUUCUGGCCUCUGCCCUUUGCUUCUUGUCCCUCCUUGGUUUUGCUUACUGCGAAAGCCGCUUCUCCGUGGAGGGCAAAGUUUACUGUGACACCUGCCGUACCCAAUUUGUAACAAAGGUCAGCUGGUUCAUGAAAGGUGCAACGGUGAAGAUUGAGUGCAGGGACCGUGAAGGUGGGAACGUAAAAUACAGCAGUCAGGCAGAGACCAAUGAAAAGGGAGCCUACACCAUUUCGGUCGACGGGGAGCAUGAAGAGGAGAUUUGCGAAGUUGUACUCGUAAAGAGCAGCGACCCCGAGUGCAGCGAGGUCAGCAAGGACCCUUUCCUCAAGAAGAGUGCUAGGGUUAGCCUCACAAUGAACAAUGGCAUUGUAUCCCCAGUUCGUCUAGCAAACCCUCUUGGCUUCAUGAAGAAGAAACCUAUUCCUGAAUGCGCUAAGGUGCUCUCAGAGCUCGGCAUGUCCACCAGCGAGGAGCAAUGAAGAAGAUAAUUUGACUUCAUAUAUGGGGCCGGGAUCCCUUUACCGAAUAAACUGAGUUUUUUUGUUUUUUUCCUUUCAUCAUGUACUUCGAAAACGUUAUGCAUGCACUAAUGCGGGGGUUUUUCUAGCCUAAUUUCCAACCUUUAUAUGAUUAAUUGUUGAUCUCUGGGGGCUAGUACUCCUCUUGUUGUAGUUUGCGGGGGUUUGGAUCAUGAUAUAUAAAUUCUGAUUGUUUGCA